AUGCCUUCGUCCUCUCGACCCAUCAUUCGUGAACGGGACCAAGACCAUGUAAGCAGCAAUCUCGGUUCAGGGGCGCCCAAAGCGGAGAUGGACUGGCUGUGGAACCCCUUGUCCCAAAAGCUGGAGCAACUCUCUGCGGAUGUUCUGGAAACUGCAGAUGCCCUUGUCACCAACACCUUUCGUCACGCCACCGCCGAUUCGAUAGAUACGAUAUUUCAGGACGCCCAAUCGUGUCUCGGUCAAUUAACUAGAAGGACAAGCCCAUCUCCUCAAGAGCAUGCGAGAACUAAGUUGUCAAAUGCUUGUUUCCCUUUGGAAGCGGAACAGAAUGAAGCGGUGAAACAACAUGAACCUGAAUCGGAUGUGCCAGCCAGGACCAAAUCAGUCAGCAUCACGUCAAGUGCCCUUUUCCGGGUCACGCUGGAUCCCAGCAGUGGUAUUGUGGUCAUCACUCUGCAGGUCACUUUUCAAGUGAUUCGAUCCUCCCAGUCUCCAACAGGCUUGGGAAAAAAGGACUAUGAGUACAAGCGGGAGGGGAAACACAAGCUGUUCUUUGACUCCCGAUCCUCUUUCUGGGGAUGGGGACAGGCGACAGUAGUGCCAACGAUACUAGGAAGAGUGCAGAAGAACUUUGGGCAGAAGAACUUUGGGAGUCACUCAGAAGCUCGAAAUCUUGAGCCACCCUCGACGAUGAAUGUGAAGGAGAUCGAAGACUUCGGAUGGAGGCAAACAUCAGGGCUCCAAACGCAUUCAAGGUUCAAGGUAUGGAGUACUGCUGUGAGGUUUCAAUCUUUGUAUGACAUUGAGCUUGCGUGCAAUAAGCCUCAAAACCCUGGUUCAGGGUACCAAGUGAUUGGCGGUGUCACAACAACACUCAUAUGCAGCACUAUGCUGGAGUUGGAUCCUCAGCUCUCCACCUCUUUCGCCUCAAUCGUGCUCAUCAUCACACGAUCUCUCUAUCGUAUCGCAUCAACUCAGUCGCGAGAUUGCUACCUGCUGCAUGCUUGCGCUGUCGCAAUAAGCUGUAUCGGCGUCUGCCGCAAGGGCGAGGUGGAAUUCAUUGAUUGCGAAACCGCCCCGGAGCCUAGAGAAGAAGAGAAGUGGCUAUGGGAUCCUCUCCGCACCGAGUUGCAAGCGAUCGCUACCUCUGCCUUGGAUCUGCCAAAAAAGCUUAUCGAAGACACUUUUGGCAGUGAAACCACAGCUGUGGACACCUCAGGGGUCUUACAAAGUGCAAAAUCCUGUCUUGGAUUGCACACCAGGAAUCACAUCGGUGUGGUCGUCUACCCGAAACUCAAUGAAGCUUGUGAAGAGCUACAAAUCAGACAGAACGAGAUCCUAAGUAUCAGAUCCGAGAAAGAGGGAUCCAAAUUUGAGAAUAGAACCACGCAAGUGGACAUCAAGGCGGCCUUUCUUCCGUCAGACCCAUACAUGACGGAGUCGGGCACUGUCAUCUGCCCCUUCCAAGUUCACUUGAGCGUAUGCCGGUUCUUCCGCUCUAUACCUGAAGAAGAACGGGAAUCUACACGACUCCACCAGUACACCUUUAACGUGAAACACAAACUCAGCCUUGGUCUUUGCGUCAGACCUGAUCAGGAAGGGCCAUCCCGUGACAACUCGUUACUUACUGGCCCGGAAGGGCCAUCCUGUGACAACUCGUUACUUACUGGCCCGGAAGGGACAUCCUCGACAGGGGCUGUCAGCAACAUUACUGCCCCCAACGUUGAAGGAACUCGGUUGGAUGACUUCAGAGCCGACUCACAGAUCUAUGAAUCUGAUGCCAACACUGAGAGUGAUAAUGAAUCCGCCCUUCAUCGACUCGAUUUGACACACAAUAAAAUGCCCAAUCCUCCCCCCGGAACAAUCGUACACCGCCAAGGUAGUAUCAUCUGGGAUCCUUACAUGCCGGACUCGAAACCUGAAGAUGAACUCGAAUGGCUGUGGAACCCGUUGAGACAGCAGCUGGAGGCGGUCGCCACAGUCGUUCUCAAACGUCUGGGGGAAGAGUGCGGCAGCCAUUUUAUGAAGGAGAAAGCUGGAAACGUACACGGGAUACGAAAGCUGGCAAACGAGUGGUUGAAUGAGAAAGGACAGGAAGAAAGCGCCCAUGAAGCAGCUAAAAUGAUUGUUUCACCCGGUCGUUAUCCAGACAUCUGGGAAGUUCAGCUCUCGGAAGGCGUGUGCGAAUUAGAAAGGACAGCUCCGAUGGAGGCAGGCACGAAGAAGAUUAUCAUCGGUUCACAAGCUACUUUCAGAGUCUUGAGAGAGGAAGAGAUUAAAGACAAGAGGCAGAUCUCAAUCCAGUUAUGGAUGUCAUUCGAUACGAAACGCUUCGAUGCGAAUCCCGCUAAGCGCGUCGACUAUUAUGCAUACAAGUGGCGCGUCAAUCACGAUCUGUGGCUCGAGAGGCGAUCAUGGAGAUCGCGGGCGGCAAGCAUCAUAUCUAGCGUUGUCCCAACCGUCUCAAGCUCAUUCCGGCCGACGCGAUCUUCGCAAGCGACUGGCCCUGGUCAUGAAACUCAUACAGAGGCUGUAAUGAGACCCGAUGCGUCCUGUGGUACUUCCCUCGCUGGAUCGACUCCGCCAACCGAGACACAGCGUGCCUCUUUUGAUGGCCUACUGCCUGGGGAAUCUGAUAGCUCUCGGCGAGAUGUCUCCGAUGUUAUUGCCGAAAACAGUCAUAUGACAGGGUACCACAUCCCAAACCCUUCUCAGACUAGUCAUGGUCAUAUCGGGCGAAGUCGGACACACGCUGCUGGCUACAUACCUGGCAGUCACGUUGAGCGACCCCAGCGCGUGACCCGCGCUCCUUGGGGUUCUUCGUAUUCCUUUGUCAUGUCGACCUGUCAUGAGCCCACAAUUUACCAUGCUCGUGUUGUAGUAUCAGUCUUACCCCAAGACAGCCAUCUCGAGUACGAGCUACUUCAGUGCGUUGUGGAACCCCUUGGUACGGUUCACGCCGCCUUCAAUCAGGCCGCCACGGAGUAUAAGAGCUCCCCAGAAGCCUCUUCGCCCAUGGCAACUGUACGUGCGCUGAAGUGGUUGAUCAGCUCGGUUCCAGAUCGAGUACUUCCCGAGGACCGACUCACGCCACUGCUGCUCCCCGCUCGGGACCAGCUCAAAGAGCAGACGGACAAGCUUCUGAAGAAGCUGAUGGAGGAAAAUUGGAACACUGACGAUGUGUAUAACCUCUCAAACAUCGAGGGUUGUAUACACGUGUCGCCGCCGUAUAGAAAUAGAGUCGACCUCGUGAAAGCCGACGUGGUCAUCGAUUUUCAGGUGGGUUUUGAACGUGGAAAGCAAGCAAAUAAACAAUCAUCGCCUUCUCAAGUCUAUGAUAUCAGACACCACACCUAUCACAACUUUUCCUUGAAAGACCUAAAGUGGUCGCUUUCCCGCUUUCGUGACCCAAAGUCUUAUACGACCGGUGAUUCAGGAUCGAUGGGACACAGGCCUGAGCAGUUGCUGCCCGAUGAUGACGAAACUAUGAGGACCAUAGCCACGAUGCUCUCAGAGAGCUCGGUUGUGACCGGCACUCAAGAUACCAUUAUAUUCGGACGUUGUGAUUCUUUUUUGUUGUUGUUGGAUGACUUGCUCGCUCCGGUAGAGAGAGACGCCACACAAAAGCUGGCGACGAUUACACCAGAGUACGAGAUCAAACCUUUCCCCAGAGAAUUAUCCCAAAACUAUCAUGGACAGUUCCUCCUUUGUUCGCUUCUCCGGUAUGAGGGUCUGGCUCGUUCACCCCUUGCUUUACCGACUAUAUAUCUAGAUUUGGAUCGUCAACAAUCAGAUCCGCCGCAUACGUGGUUCUACAACCAAGAGCCAGUCGCAGAAACCUCAUUCAGUCCGGCCGAACAUCUACUUUCUCCCAACAAACGAUCAAAUAUGGCAGACACGAGCUAUCCCAUCCGUUACGAGGUUAUCAGUGAAUCGCAGCUCAACUUAAAUGGAGGCGGCGGGGUUUCCUCUCUGCAGCGUUUCCCUAUGACUGCUCGAGAGGAAUUGAAGAGUCACGCCGACCGGGCGGCGAGCGGCGUUCAUAGCUUUCUGCAACGUACAUUUGCCAACGGAGCACGAUUCGCCAAGGAUUUGGAAGAAGUAGAAAGGGAAGUACAGAGGAUGAUCAAGGAGACGGUACAGGAGAAGUCGAUCCUCGAUGAAUUUAUAGCAGAAUUCCGUCGAGGAUUGACCCAGGUCGAGCAGAGCAGUGCUUGGACGACCGGUCUCGCUUUGCAGGAAGGAAUCUUAAAGCAGAUUGAGAUCCACUUUGUUGAAGACCUUUACAAAGUUAGAGGCGAUCAUCUCGAGCUGUACCUCUGGGUCGUUUUGAAUGUCUUCCUCAAGCGCCCCGGAACUCAAAACCGAAACAGACAUCUGUUUCACGGUUCAUAUGCAUAUAUCAAAACCUUCAGGUUCAGUCUCGUCGGUGCACCUGCCGCGAUAGAACAGGAUGCUUCGACCGGGUCAAACCAGUCAAACAAUAAAACCGAUGACGUGAAUUCUACGGUCUCCAACCCUAUCGAGGGGGAAUCGAUUUUACCGGACAUUGCGACCCUUUUCACUGGCAAGUCUUUGGGAAACACCGACCUUUCCGGUGGAUCGAUUCCGGGAUCACUCUGA